AUGCUACUAGAGCUCAUCACAGGCCAGCCACCAGCAGUUUCCAUCAGUGACACCGAGAGCAUCCACACUGCACACUGGGUGCGUGAGAAGCUCUUGGAGGGCGAUAUCACAACCAUUGCUGAUCCAAGGAUGGAUGGGGAGUAUGAUGUCAACUCUGUCUGGAAAGUUGUAGAGUUGGCACUUAAGUGUCUGAAACAACCAUCAACAGAGCAACCGAUGAUGACGAACAUUGUGGCUGAGCUCAAGGAGAGCUUGGAGCUGGAGGCGUCCUAUGCAAUGGGUUACUACAGCUCAGCCCCGAGCAUCACACUCGAUCUCAGUGCAGCAAGUGUUGACUUGCAUGUUGAUGCUCAUUGCUCAACCAAGUGA